CAUACAAAUUAUGUCAGAGGCCCAUGGGCUUGAAAGGCAACUGAUCCAGCUCAAUAUUCCUCUUCCCAAAAUGCCCUUAGAUAUAGUGUCUUCACUUCUGGAUAUUCUGGAAAAUGAUCCAAAAUCCACAAGAAGCACAAGCACUUGCAGGCAGUACCAGAGAAGCCAAGAGCUACGAUUCUUUAUAGCAAUGCUCCACGUUCACCUUCAUCUUCGCCUUCUCCAUCCACACCAGCCUAUACUCAUUUCCCGGCGACUUUCACCUCCAAUCGCCACCAGCCACUCCAACCUAUUCCCCAUUUCCAACCCAGCGUCAAUAGCCUCUGUUCACUUUCGAUCGAAACCCUUAAUUAAUUCCAUAACAUGUAUGGCCAGACCCAGAAGAGUCAAAAUGGUGGCCAAGCAGAUUCAAAGGGAGCUUUCCGAUAUGCUUCUAACAGAUAAGGUGCUACAGUACGCCGUUCUGCCGGAGUCUGCUUUGGGUGCCGAUAGAUAUCUGUCUUCUCUUACCACCAUCAGCGACGUUGAAGUCUCCGCUGAUUUGCAGGUGGUUAAAGUGUAUGUAUCUGUAUUUGGAGAUGACAGAGGAAAGGAAGUUGCGAUUGCUGGGUUGAAAUCGAAAGCCAAGUAUGUUAGGAGUGAGUUAGGAAGGCGUAUGAAGUUGAGGCUCACUCCUGAGAUACGUUUUAUAGAAGAUGAAUCUCUGGAGAGAGGAAGCAGGGUGAUAGCAAUAUUAGACAGAAUUAAAGCUGAGAAGGAGAAUGGCUUUGAUGAAGAUGAUGAUCUCUCUGAAUCAUCUGAUUCACCUCAAGAGGAUAGAGAUUGGGAGGGUGAUGACCCUGACGAGGACAUUAUAUAUGUAAAGUAGACCCAUCAGCAAUUGCCUGGCUUCCAGCUGUUUGAUUUUUAGGCAUGGUUGUAAAUAUCAGGCUAAAGAUCAUCUUAAGUGAAAGAACGCUGGACUAACUAUGUAUCAAUAUGUCAUUCAAGUACUGCACAAAUAUGUGCGCGGCACAUAUUUCAUUCAUGUUAUAUCCUACGAAGUGUUGUGUUGACACGGGUAUGGCAUGGUAAAAUGAAGAGUUGGACUAUCAGUGCUUUUAAGGGGAGAGACAUAAGCAUAUUUUUAAAUAUGGCUGAAGCAAAUCUGCCCCCUGGUGCUCAUCUAACUAAAUCAGAGAUUUGAACUAUCUCGUACUGUAUAAACUUGGCCAUGAUUUUUCAUGUCUUACUGGUCUCCUAUGUAUUUUAUUCAUGUCGUAUAUAUGACGUUCUCGAUUUUAAUGCGA